AGUUUUAUUACCAGUCGGUGGCUUUUCUUCUUCUUCCUUUGUCUUUCUCUCUCUAACAUUCUCUUUCUAAACCAUACUUCUACUGAACAUGCUUUCGUCCAACCUUUCAUCAUAAUUUAAUAUUCAAUUUGUUCAUUCUUACAUUCCCAAACUACUUUAUUCCUUAAUUCUUUUUCUUCUCAUUUUUCUCUUUCCUCUGUUUUUUGUUCUGUUUUUGGUGAACUUUUUUCUACUUACAAAAAAAAAUAAUAAUAAUUAAAUAAAAUGAAAUUAAAUACAAUUUUAUUCAUCUGGGCAAUCUUCUCCGGCGUCGUUUUACAAGUUUCCGUCGGUAUUACCGGAUUUCCGAAGACUAUGACUCUUCACCGAGCCAUUCCUUUAAAGGACCGAGUUGACCUGAGGCAACUCAGAGCUCAUGAUAAAGCUCGACACGGCCGUAAUUUACAGUCGAUUGGAGUUGUUGAUUUUCCAGUUUCUGGUACCUUUAAUCCCUACCGAGUUGGGUUAUACUAUACAAAGGUGGAACUAGGAACUCCUGCCCAAGAAUUCAAUGUACAGAUUGAUACAGGAAGUGAUGUUUUAUGGGUUGGUUGCAAGGGCUGCUCUGGUUGUCCUGAAACUACUGGCCUUCAAGACAUCCAACUCAAUGUUUUCAACCCAACAAGUUCAUCAUCGGCUUCAGUAAUCGGCUGCAACGAUAAACAGUGUAGUGUGGGAGCUCAAUACGCUGACGCUAUAUGUGACAACUCGAACAAUUGUGCUUACCAGUUCCAAUAUGGUGAUGGGAGUGGAACUCAGGGUUACUAUGUAUCCGAUUUGUUGCAUCUCGAAACCAUUAUUGGAAAUACUCAAUCAUCUAACAAUUCAGCUAAAGUUACCUUUGGUUGUAGUGUGGCUCAAACUGGGGACUUGACCAAAACUGAUCGAGCAGUUGAUGGGAUUUUUGGCUUUGGUCAGCAGGCAAUGUCUGUUGUGACGCAGUUGUCGUCGCAAGGAAUAGCACCUGCAGCAUUCUCUCAUUGUUUAAGGGGGGAUGAUAAUGGUGGUGGAAUAUUGGUUCUUGGUAGUAUCGUCGAGCCUGGCAUGGUGUACACUCCUCUUGUACCAUCAAUGCCACACUACAAUUUGAAUCUGCAGAGCAUAUCUGUUAAUGGUCAAAAGCUGCCCAUUGAUUCUUCCGUAUUUACUACUUCCUCUAAUGCUGGAACAAUCAUUGAUUCUGGAACAACCUUGGCAUAUCUUUCAGAAGAAGCAUAUACUCCGUUCGUUAAUGCGAUCUCAGCAGCCGUUUCUCGGUCUGUUCAACCCUUGUUAUCUAGGGGAAACUCGUGCUAUCUGAUAACGUCAAGUGUCGAUGAGAUAUUCCCUCUAGUAAGCCUAAAUUUUGCUGGGGGCGCUUCUAUGGUUCUCAGACCGCAAGACUAUCUACUCGAGCAGAACUCCAUUGCAGGAGCUGCGGUUUGGUGCAUGGGGUUCCAGAAAAUGGAUGGACAGGGAAUGACGAUAUUAGGAGAUCUUGUUUUGAAAGAUAAAGCAGUUGUAUAUGAUUUGGCGAAUCAACGGAUUGGAUGGGUCAACUAUGAUUGUUCUCAGUCUGUAAAUGUAUCAACAAGCACGGGCUCGAAUACAAAUACGUACGUGAACACAGGACAGCUGAGUGGCAGCAUUUCAUCAACGAAUCCUCCGUGCAUGAAAAUACUCGUCGCGGUGUCGAUGAUGCUGGCCUCUUUGUUAUAUAUGUGACAUCCAAGAUGCAAGUUCAUACCAAUAUACUUCCUAGUUUGCCUUUAUUUGUAGCAAAUGGCAGGCCUGAUUUAGUUUUAGCUUAUACAUUGGAGAGUUAGAAUUUCCUUUUUUGUUACUUUUAUUUUUAUCUAUUUAUAAAAUUAUUGAAGGAUUGUAGGUAGUACAUUUUUUUAGUGUACCGAGGAGACGUUCAUAGUUUUGUACAUGCAGAUUUUCCCUCCGUCCUUGUGAUUUGCUAUCGAUAAUGAUAUAUUGUGAGGAAAAUAUCAGAUAACAAACUUACGAGGAUGAAGGGAGUAAUAUGAAUAUUGUAAAGGGAAUUUGUAAGUAACAAUAGAUUGUCGAUAUUAAUGCAGUUGUGAUUUAACGCACUAAUUUUUUUUAUCUCAGUA